AUGUCGUCACCCACCAACAUCGAGAAGGACAAAGCUUCCGAGUCAGCCCAUGCGGCACCUGAAGGUCUAAAGACAACUGAUCAUGAAACCGAGCCCGCUCCUGAGAUCUUGGUGAGCAAAGAUGGGUUCAAGCUCUUCCCUCAGCCGGUGCAAGGCGACAGCCUCGACCCGCUGAACUGGUCGAGGUUGCAGAAACACUCCAUUCUUGCUAUUGUCAUGGCAUUAUACUUUCUCUUUACUUACAUCACCACAACAACUGUGCCAUCCUUUCCCACCCUACAAGAUGAAUUUGGCGCUUCAUUGGAGCAGAUCAACUGGACUGUCGCCAUCCCGGCUUUGGGUCUCGCCGUCGGCCCUCUCAUCUGGUCAUCGCCGGCCGACAUCAUCGGCCGCCGGCCCAUCUUUAUCCUCGGCACUAUUAUGGCCUUGGCCGCCACUAUCGGUGCCGCCUUGGCCCCCAAUUACUCCGGGUACAUGGCCGCUCGCUUCUUCCAGGGGCUCGGUGUCAGUCCUGCUGCGACUGUCGGCCUCGCCAUCAUCAACGACAUCUUCUUCGAGCACGAGAGAGGGCAAAAGGUGGGCAUGUGGGUGCUCGCCAUUGAUCUGGGCCUGCUGUGCGGUCCUCUGGUCGGCGGAUUCGUGGACCUCGCCAGCUCGCAGUGGAUCCAGUGGCUCACUGCCAUUCUAUUCGGCGUCGUCCUUGUUGCGGAGAUCUUGUUUCUCCCCGAGACGCUUUAUCCGCGAGAUCUCAUCCUGUCCAAGGCACGAGGCGCAGUCCUGACCCCCACUGAUGAGAAGGCUGCUGCAGAGGCUGGCAGGAUCAACGCUCAGGAGUCGUAUCCACGGAGGACGAAGCAGCUGGCCUACAUCAAUGUUACCCCUCUCCCGGGGAUGAAGCACCCGAAAGCUUGGGACACACUCACACGCUUUGUCAAGACGUUCAGGUUCGUCGUCGUUCCCAUCUCGAUCAUGACGUAUUGCUUUGCAUGGUACUGGUGGGCGCUGUCCAUUAUCACGGUCAUCCCCAUCGCCUAUGCGAAUUACAGUCCGCAAACUCAGGGCUUGUUCUUUAUCGGACUGAUCAUCGGUACGCUGUUCUCCGAGAUAUUGUGCUCGGGCAGUCUUAGCGACCGCCUCGUUGUCAAGCUCGCAAGCAAAAACGGCGGUGUCAAGAACCCCGAGAUGCGCAUCUGGCUCGCCUAUCCCGCUGCCAUCAUCAGUGCGAUCGGCAUGAUCGUGUGGGGCAUCAGCAUCGACAAGAGCUACCAUUGGAUAGUGGGACAAGUUGCCUUUGCACUCUUCGGCGCAGGCAUCCAGAUGGGCAACACGGCAGUAUGCUCGUACGUUAUCGACGCCUACCCACUGCAGAGCAUGUCCGUCAUGGUCUUCUACGCCGUCAUGCUGAACCUCUCUGCUUUCAUCGACCCUUUCUUUAUCGUGCCUUGGCUAGACACUGCCAAUUUCACCUGGACAUUUGCAGGGCACGCUAUCAUCACAGUGUUCUUCUGCAUCCCGGUCUUUGGCCUUCUGCAUCGAUACGGUGACGUGCUGCGUCAAAGGUCUGGCCAGCCGACAUGGGUCAACCCCGAGUUUGAUCACGAGAUUGUCACUUCCGAGCCAUGA